GUGUAAAACUUCUGUUGCAUGGUCUUUGCUCCAACACCACAGUCAAAUCUUUGGAUUUGAAGGGAAAUAACCUGCGAACCGUGGGAGCUGAGGCUUUGGGAAAACUUCUUAGGCAGAACAAAUCCAUCAGGAGCCUAAUCUUGGAAUGGAACAGCCUUGGCGUGUGGGAGGAGGGCUUCUCAUUUUUCUGCCAAGGACUGGGAACAAACAACUUUCUCCAGCGGCUAGAUCUGCGCAAUAACCAGAUCAACCAUCAAGGGGCCGGAGAGCUGGCCGUGGCACUGAAACAAAAUGCCAGCCUUCAGGAGCUGGAUUUGCGUUGGAAUAAUAUUGGGCUUCUGGGUGGUCGAGCUUUGCUGAACUGCCUGCACAGCAACAAGACCCUGAAGAGGCUGGAGCUGGCUGGGAACAACGUUCCUAGUGACAUCCUGAGAGCAGUGGAACAAGCCAUGGAUCACAACCAAGACCGUCAGACUAUCCUAAGUGAGACCCAGAACCGAGCGUACAUACUCAGCAAGGAGGUUUUGAGUCUGAAGGAUGAGAAGACCAAGCAGUUCUUGGAUUUGAUGGACACUAUAGACAAACAGAGAGAAGAAAUAGCUAAGAGUGGCAGAACGUCUGCAGCACGAGUCAGCCAGCUGCAGGAAGCGUUGGAUGAGCAGCACUCCAUUAUGAAUUCACUGAAAGCCAAGCUGCAGAUGACUGAAGCUGCCCUGGCUCUGUCUGAGCAGAAGGUGCACAACCUGGGAGAGCUGCUGAAUGCUGCAAAACAGGAGCAAACCAGCAUGGCUGAGUGCCACUUUAUGGAGCUCCAGCAGCAAAAGCAGGAAGGCAUUGAUCGGGAAAGCAAGCUUUUGCGUGACUUGUCUGCUGCCAGUGAGAAAAAUCUGCUUCUAAGAAACCAGGUGGAUGAGUUGGAGAAGAAGUGCAAAGUCCAGCAGGAUCAGCUAUUCCUGGUAAAACAAGACUUGACCAACACAACAGCAGAACUGAAGCUGCGAGUUGUGCAGGCUGAGGAACGCCUGGAAAUGGAGAAGAGAAGAUUUAAACAAAGCCUCGACGACAUGGAAUCCCUUCGGUUAAAAGAGGUGGAUCGCAUGACACAGCACAUUGAGGCAAGUGAACGUUCCAUGCAGGACAGGAUCCAGAGGCUGGAGGCCAUCAGGAUAGCUCUGGAGGAGGAGCUCAGCCAAGUCAAAGCAGCUGCACUCACUGAGCGAGGCCAGGCAGAGGAGGAGUUAAUAAAAGUCCGGAAUCAGGCACGGUUGGAGGAGCAGCAACGACUAGAACACCUAGAAGAGAAACUGCGUCUGAUGACUGAGUCACGGGAUGAAGCUCAGAACUGCUGCCUUAAGCAAAAACAAAUGGUUGCUGAGGCCCAGACCAAAGCCAAUCAGUUGAGCCUGCAUGCUGAUGGACUCAGAAGGCGGCUAGAGGAACUUCAGCAGGACCUUAACAGUAAAGAAGAGGAGAAAGUGACAGAGGUGAAUAAAGUGAAAGUGGAAUUACAGGAGCAGAUUGGACACCUGCAGGCUGAACGCACAGCACAGGAAGGGCUGAGAGAGAAGAUUUCAGCCCUGGAGAGACAGCUGAAAGCCCUAUCAAGUAAUCACCGUGAAGCACUGCUGGACAAAGAAGGUGAAAUCUCUAUGCUGCUGGAGAAGCUGAGAACGAAAGAGGCUGACAUCUCCAGGAUGAGGGAAGAAGAGGCCCAGCGAGCAAGUUUCUUGCAGAAUGCCAUCAUGGCAUAUGUGCAGGGCUCUCCCUUGGGAACGCACAGUUCUAGAAAAUGAGAGCAUGGCUUAAAGAAUCCAGAUACCUGCUGUCAAGAAGAGGGUGAGCAACUCAGGUACAGCCCC